AUCGCCUAAAAUUUAAGCACAACUUUAAUAUUUUCGCCUGUGAUAACUCGUGAUCAUAUAAAAAUGAAAUUCUUCAUGAUUUUCGUCCUCGCUCUGCUGGCUAUGGCCAACGCUCAAGACCCCGUUAAGGUAGUGGAAAACGCUGACUCAGUUCGUGACGCGAAAAAACGUUACGGUGUGAACGUCGUCGAUAAUAAUAAUCCUGGACACGUUAACGUGGUCGACAAUAACCAUCCGGGUCACGUUCUCAUCUCAAACCCGGAUCCUGGCUUUUCUCGGCCCGUAAUCGGUCAACCCGGAUACGUGCCAAUAAGUACUGGACCAGCGUACGUAAACCGGCCCUACAACAGACCCCAGAGGCCAAUUGUGAUCAAUGACCCCGAUCCAUUCUUUGCCCAGCCUACUGUAGGAAACGGCUACGAACCUAUUGACAACCGCCCGUACAUCGUUAAUCCUCCCAAAGAUUACAACCCUAAUGGAAACGGCUACGAACCUAUCGACAACGGUGCAUAUUACGUGGACCCUCCCCAAGGCCGACCUUACUUCAGGCCUACCCCUUUCCCUGGUGCUCGCGUUGGAAAGUAAAGAAUAUCUUAGAAAAUUAAUAACGAAAUAAUGUAUUAACAAUAUAUUUCAAAAUUUCAUAUGAAUUUAUGUCAACGGAAUAAAUAAAUAAACAUAUUGUAGUGCUUA